AUGAGCUUCACCUUACCCCCCAAUUUUUCCUAUUCCGAUCCCCUACCGUUCACUUGCAAUGAGGACCCUGAUGUGGCGCUCUCCAUUUUGAUAUACCUUGUGCAGGCUAGCUAUCUAGUUCUCGGUGCUACUCUGAAUAUUCUAAUUAUUUGUGCAAUUUUUAAAUCGAAAAAUAAGGAAAAGUAUCGGAGCAACUCGUUUUAUUAUCUGUACACCUCGGAGGCAAUUAUAAGCAUCUAUGACACGCUAGUUGCUGCAUUUUUCAGCCGCCUUAUUGGUAGAGUAUCUCCCCUUUGUCCAAUUAUAGCUCCGUACUUCUUCACCCCAUCUAUAAUCACCAAAACCUAUUACACUAUGUCCACCUACAACGCAGCAUUCAAAACUAUUUCUCAAAUUGUGAUAAGUUUUAAUAGAAUGACAUGUGUUGUACUUCCAGUUAGACAUGUUACGUUAUGGAAGAGAAUAUUGCGGCCGGUACUGAUUGCUCAAUACCUGCUCCCUUUCGGUGUAAUCUGGAAUAUUCUACUAUCUAGGGUGUAUAUCAAUCCAAGUGGUUAUGGGUUUUCUGUAAAUUACAAGGCAGCGAUUCCAUGGGCCAACACCUCUCUCCUGAACCUAUUCCACUGUAUCCCAUGUGUUGUACUGGUUACCAUAUUCUUUAUAGUCACCAUAUAUGGCCUAACAAUACUGGAAUAUAGAAUCAAAAACGUUGAGAGAUACCUGACAAUUUUCACAUUGAUAAUGGGUUUACAGACGACGUUGUUCGCAUUUACACAGAUUUAUUUUGCCUUCCUUGCUACCUCUAUCCCAAGCAUCCGCGCAAUGAUGCUUUCAAUCGCAUUUCAUAUAUUCGAUGUACAACAUGUCUACAGCCCAAUAGCACUUUUAAUCUCAAAUCGGGAAUUAAGAAACGAUAUUUUCAGUUCUAACAGGGAGAAUGGAGGGUAG